CCGUCAUGGGCGGAAUGGUAGAUCGUGAAAGAGGAGUCCGCGCGAAGGGCUCUUUGCGCGAGAAAUGAAGGAAAGCGGCGAUUGUUGCGCGAGGGGAUCUGAACAAAAAAAAGAAAGAAUGGAGUAUCAUUGGGAAAAGAACGGAAAAGCAAAAGAAACGACGUGUCGGAGGAACCUUGAUGCUCGAAUGAAAUGUUUCGAAUAAUUAUACGCGUCCGCGAUUUUCGUCCGGAUAUGACGCGUUCGUCGUUGCAAUUGAAAUAAUUCAACUCCGUCGCGCGAUUUAAAUUGUUGACAUCCGAGAUGGAAAUUAUCUGACGCCUGCGUGCUUUUCAUACGUAGAGAGAUGGCUGACGCGGAUCCGCAGUUUAAACGCCUUUUACUGCCAGCGGAGGAAACUCUGUUCGAACAGCUGUUGAGAUUCGGCCUCUACGUAGGUGCGGUGUUCCAAAUCAUGUGCUUGGUAGCUAUAGUCGCGUAUCAGGCCGGUCCGUCCGACGGCGUGGCAGCUUUGAAGGACGAUCCGAGCGACGUAGAAUGUUCUGAAAACAGUCCUCAGGUGACGCCGAGAAGACCUCAUCGGCCGCGAAAGCAGGAGAAGAAGAAGAGGCGUUGAGGACGUUUUCCUGCGACGAUACUCUAAUAUAUACGUACUACUCUCAUACUUCACGAUCAUUUAAAGGCUCCGGGCUUUUAGAAUAAUUCCUCAACUCGUUUUCAUCUAAGUUAUUUGCUAAAUGGAUAUUUUAUAAUUUUUGUAAUGACAAUCUUUGUAUAUAAUUGUAAUAUAAUUUAUUUCUACUUGUUAAACGUAGAGCUAUUAUUAUCUCUGUUUUAACUCUUAACCGUGAGUACAAUUGCAAUUCUCGGUGUAAAAACUAUAGUCAGCUUGUUUUUUUUAUGGGAAUGACUUUUCGAUUUAACAUAUUGAACGUUCCAUAUAUGUUUCUUUUUUUUGGUAUAUAUAAGAAACGAUUAUUAGACCACUAGAAAUACCUUUUGGAAGAAACCCGAUAUUGACGACAACACUGUUGAAAUUAAAAUAUCAAUAUAAGAAUAUUUGUUUAUCGAUGAAUAAAAUUACAUUUUGAUACA